UACAUACUGAACUUGUUAAAAGAAGUGUAUUUUGUUUGACUUGGGCGGUUGAAAAUCUGAUUUCAAGAUGAAAAUUUUAUUUGGGACAUUUCUAGUUGCGUUUGGAGUAACUUUUGCGGCCGCAGUUUGUCGUCUAGGUCUCGGCAGACCGGAAAAUGGUGCAACCCUCCUUCACACGAUGCGCAUUUCCCGCGAGCCGGUUCAGCAGCCCGUGAACAUGUCGCUGCUGUUUGACUACAUGGUCAACCCGGCGGACUUUUAUCUGGAGAUUACGCGCGUCCAAAUCAAUACGACUGUCGUAGGCGUUGAUAAUCCGCGCUGUCAGGCAUCUAUGCCGGCAAAUCAAGUGCUAGCGCGAGGGUUUCGCAUAACAAUGACAACCCUGCAACCUGUCCUGCAGAUGUCGGGCUCCGCAGAAGUUUACGGAAUAAGACGAAUUUCGUUUGAAGAUUGAAAUUUUCUAAUAAUGGUUUGAAAUAUUUUCAGAUUAAAAUUCUUUUUAAUCCAAAUUCUUAAUAAAUCGUUGGUUUCUUUUGAUAAUUUUCCGAAAUGCAAUUGAAAUUAAAAACCAUAGAUAUACAUUUUUA